AUGGGAUUGUCCGAAACAUUUAUAAGGCGGGGCUUUGCGAAGGGUCAAUACGGGAUUGCAAUAAAGAGCUUUGACCUGCAUGAACGACACUGUAAAAAGUCUGUCCCUUGGGAACAGCUAGAGGAGCAUAAAGCCCAAGAGCACAUACAGGUCAAAUGUGGCAAGUGCAAUAAAAUGAUGGAACGAAGGCAGCUGUUGGACCACGAGACAGAUGAGUGCUCAGAGAGGCUGCAGAUCUGUGAGUUCUGUCAGCUAGAGCUUCCUCUGAGCAGUCUAAUGGAGCACUCUUUGUCCUGCGGGAGUCGCACAGAGCGCUGCUCUGACUGUGGCCGCUAUGUCAAACUGAAAGAACAGCUCCAUCAUGCUCAGAUCUGUUGUAGUACCCCUCCAACACUGAAGAAGCCUAGUCCAGAAGAUGCAUCUGACACCAAUGCUGGCUUGCGACCACUCCUCCCAAUAUGUAAGAGACAGGGAUGUUGACUUCGAUGAAGACCUCAGCCCUGGACAAGUCAGUGCUCCAGACUCUGCAGAUUUCUUAUUUUCAUCACUUCAGAAGGCGAAGGGAGCCAGAAACAUUGAAAGGGACCUAGAAAGGAUAAGCACUUGUCCACUCUGUCAUCUGGCACUUCCUAUUAAGACACUUGAAUGGCAUGAGAAAAAAUGUGAAUUACAUAAACAUCUGAGCCUGGCACAAUGUUGACUGGUGCAAGCAAGACUACAUGUGGUUGCUUGUAACAGCACUCCAAAAUCUACAACUCCAAAAUAAUGUGAUGGCAUUAUAGUAAACAUAGAAUGUUAAAUUAUAUUGAAAUGAAACUAAAACAAGUUUAUAUUGUUUCCAGUUAAUAUGUAUUCACUGAUUUUAUAUUUGAUAAAUGUCAGCCUGAACUGACUGGAAGUACAAUAAAAAAAUGUAAAUGUUGAGUUGCACUGGCUUUAUUGUCCAACUUACUGCAGCUAAGAUUUGCCUGAUUUUUUAGGUUGUUAUCGAGCUAUACUGUUUAAAGUGUUAUCUGCAUGUUAAAUCUGUUCAAAUGUCGUGGGAUUUCAGUGCACAGUUUAAAAUAAAAGGUACAAAUAUUUGUUUGUAAAUUAUAAUAGUUUAUAGACUUUUACUUUCUCUCUCUGCCACUAUAUAACAUAUCUUGUAUGAAAAAUCUUCAGAGGAUCCAGCAGACCUCUCCCAGAUGAGAGAAGCAAAUUCAAGGCAAUAGCAAAGAAGA